AUGUAUGAAAAAGAAGCAGAAAACAUCGAAAUCCCUCAACAUCACAAUAAUGGAAAUGUAUUGGUAAAGGAGGCUGCAAUGGAUGAGGAUGCGGAAUUUUGCGAAGAGCAGGGGGAUCAUCACGCAGGCGAGCAUAUCAACAACAGCCCGCAACAUCACAAUGUUAGCAAGGCUGGGAACAUUGAAGGUGAAUCAGAUCAUGAAAGAGAGCAUAUCGCCAGCCUUCCGCAACAUCAAACUAUGGAAAUUGGGAAACUCAAUACAGCAUCGUUGGGAUUAUUUGGCCGAGAUGAAGAACUUUCAGUAUUGAGGUUCUCAUUUGCACGAAUGAUGGAGACGAAACACGGAAGCAUCAUUGAUUCCAAGCUUGCAUCAAAAAGUUUCACCACAUCGGGUAGCCACAAGGAACUUUUCUUCAUCCAAGGUAUUUCCGGAGUUGGGAAAUCGAGUUUAGCAAAGAGCAUCCAUAAGGCCGUUGAUGAACUCGAGAAUGGACUUUAUGUUGAAGGAAAAUUUGAUCUAAUGAUCAGCAACGAGCCAUAUUCUGGAGUGGCAAAGGCUUUUGGUUCCAUUUGCCAGCAGCUGCUGUCUUCGAAAAAGGAAGCCAUGGCUGCUGUCGGCCGAAUGAUUGCGAAUGAAUUACACCAUGAAAUGGAAAUCCUUCUUCCGCUGAUUCCAGAACUAAAGACAAUUGUAGACAGAUACUCGAGUCUCACUCGACAGCCGACACCUUCCUCCAACCACGUAAGCAUAGAAGAUGGACAAGAGCGGUGGAAGUAUGCUUUCAGGUUGCUAAGUAGAGUUUUGAACGCUGCUUACUCUCCAAUGGUGCUGGUAUUAGAUGACUUGCAUUGGGCCGACGCGUCAUCCUUGCAAGUGAUUGAUUAUUUGGUAUCUGACUUGCAGAACACAAAUCAGUUGAUGAUUAUUGGAUGCUAUCGAUCGGACAAGGUUUUUGGAGCAGGUGCGCUUUUGAACGCAAUUGCUUGUCUGGAGGAAAAGCAAGAUAAAUAUUCGUUUCAUAUUACGGAGAUUGAGCUUCAAAGCUGUCGCGAAGAUACCGUAAAUGAGAUGUUAAUGGCUAUGAUGUCUGUUGAGGACGAAAAGGAGACAGAAGAACUUGCAAGCAUCUGCUAUAGAUAUACGUCUGGUAACCCAUUCUUUGUGUUGCAGUUCAUGCUAAUGCUGGAGAAUGAAUCACUGCUUACCUACGACAAUGAAUUGCAGAAAUGGAUGUGGUGUAGUUACCGAAUUCAACGACAGAUAAGGUAUACAUCCGGAGUUGUCGACUUGUUGCAAGACCGAAUGAAGAAAAUGCCCGAAGAUGUGCAGCUUUUGCUCCAAUAUGCCGCUUGCCUUGGAACAUCCUUCACGCUGCCUACCAUUGAUAUCAUAUGGAAGGAUCAUCAGAUUGAGUACGGCACUGAGACUACUGACACGGCCUUGAUGCUAAAAAUUAUGCAGGAUGAAGCCUUAAUUGAAGAAUGUGGCAAAAACACUUUCAGAUGGGUUCACGAUCGAAUUCAAGAGGCUGCAAUGUCUCUGACAGGGAAUGUAGCUGCAUCUGCUUCGUUCAAGUGCAAAGUAGGCAAGGCACUUUUAUCAGCAUUGGAUGAAGAGCAACUGGAAGACGAUCUGUUUGACGUCGUAGAUCUCAUCAAUCGAGGGAACGUGGCGACUCGACCGGAACUAGCUGCUCUGAACCUUCGUGCCGCAGUGAAGGCCAGGAGCUUGUCAGCCUUGGAAUCAGCCUCAAAGUACGUGGAAUUCGGUGCCGCCAUGCUCCCGAGAGACCACUGGACUUUUCAUAGAAAGUUGACAUUGGACUUAUACACCUUGGGAGCCGAGACAGAGAUUGCGCUGGGAAAUAAUCGAGCUGCUGCAGCAUAUUGCAAUGCUGUCUUUCAACGAGACGAUUGCUCGGCGAUGGAGAAGAUGCCGUUUCGGAUGGCAGUCAUAAGAAAAAUAUCCGGCGGAGAUGGAGAAUUGAAGAAGAAAGCUCUGAAGAUGUGCUUAGAUACGUUACGUGAACUUGGUUACAAGUUUAGUUGGGGCAGAGUCUUGCUACCCUUACAGGCAAUGCUAACUCUUAAUAGCACGUUGAAAGCUAUGAAAAAACGAAUGGGGACAAAGACCCUGGAUGCAUCAUUAGGGGAGAUGACUGAUCCAAGACAGUUGGCCAUUGUCCAGCUUCUUGAACGGAUAGGUUAUUUGUCAUACACCCUUGAGCUCAUCUUCACCUCGGCUCUGAGCUUCUGCCAUAUUGUAGACAUGACUCUGAAGCACGGAAAGAACUUCUUGUCACCGUUUGGAGUUGCCAAUCUCGGAAUUCUUUCGGGGAUUAUCAUGAAGGAAAAAUUUGUAACCGUUGUUGCGUGUUCUGAGGAAGCACUCUCUAUUCUAAAGAGCGUUCCACCUCUCAAAGAAGGCCAAACCAUUUUGUCUACUUACGGAUUUUGUCUUUGCUGGAAGAAGGACCUGUCAGUUUGUAUCAAGGCGUUGGAACUUGGCUACCAGUCAUCAAUGCGGGCUGGUGAUGUGGAGCCGGCGAUGUGGCUGCUCGGCAUGUACCAGAUUUUGCCUCGUCUUGUCUCGUACAUGGAAGAACACUACCAGUAUGAAGCCUCACUGAUAAUGAAGAUGCUGUGGCAAGGUUUACUUAAUUUGACAACUGGCACGGGAAGGAGCACGCACCUCGAAGGAUCCAUUUACAGCGCAAGAGAGCCCUUGCGAAGUUCAGGAAGUGUCCAAGGCAUGGCUCAUCUUAUAGUGGGCGAAUUGUAUUUUUCGUCCAGCUACGAAUUAGCUGCAGAGAGGUCUAUUAAGUUUGGUGAUACGUUUGAAAAGCGUUGUCCAGCAUAUUUUCUGGGAAUGCAAGAAACAUUUCAUAGGGGAGUGGCACUUUAUGUAAUGGCUCGAAAGACAAAAAAGCGGAAGUACCAGGCAAGGGCAUCCAGGGUCCGUAAAAUCAUAAAGCAAUGGGUCAAAGAUGGGAACCCAAACAUUGAGCACUAUGAUCUCCUGCUAGAUGCCGAGCACGCAGCCUUGAAAGUGACAGGUUACGAUUCGGAACAUGAUGGAAAAGGUCCAAAAGGCUACGAUGCUAUCGAUAAACUUUAUCAAAAGGCGAUAGAGUCAGCGAACAGAUUGGGCCACCUACAGCACAGCGCCGUAUGCAAUGAACGGUAUGGGGACUUCCUGUUGCAAAUUGGCUGGGACAAGUCGGGAUGGGCACGCCAUUUAUCGAAGGCCGCUGGAUUGUAUGAAGAAUGGGGAGCUGUCGGCAAGGUGAAAGAACUGAAGCUGAAGCUGCAGUCGAUAUGA